ACGACGUCGAGUGGCGUUCUCACCUCGUGGCAUCCGCGUACCUCGUGGUCCAUGGACGAAGUGUCGUCCGUGCUAUGCGCGCUGAUUCCGCUGCGUGUGCUCGGCACAAAGUACGUCUUUGAUUUGCGGCUCUGGCGCGUCUUUGAGGAGGAACGGUACUGCCAUGACGGUUCAACCCACCUUUUGCGGCCCCCUUGUUUGCGCUUUCAAAAAACUUCGAGAGAGCUCGCUUGGACGCGCCGUCCACCCAAGUGGCCAUUCAACUUUCACCGUGGGCUGACGCUGCUUGGUAUGUGCUACGUCGUCGUCUCGAUCGCUAGCAGUGUCUCGUACUUGCAAGUGGCCAGCGUCAACCUCGCCAACGACCUCAAGUGGGCCAGCUUUAGCAUUGACGGCAUCCACACGUGCUUUGCCAACUGGCUCAACCAGCAGCUCGUACUUGGCGUCACCUCGGGCAAUCUCCGGCUGGACUCACCCUUCUUACUGCAACCAGGUAGCUUUAACGGUCCGCGGGGGGUGAUUUCUGGUCCAUUGCUGUACGGCGCGCGACUACAAUACACGGAAGCGACGUCGCUCGAUGGCGCCAUCUCGGCGCUUCGACACAUGGGUGCUUGCAACGUACCGUUUCUCGCAACGUCGUACUGCUUUCUGGACGCCAAUCGAUCGUGGGCGCUGGCAAGCUCGCUCGCUCGGCAGGAGCGGUGCGCCACGUAUGCCGACAACGCUGCCGUGUACGUAGAAGCCGUCUUGCGCAAUGUGGUUUGGGUCGAUUGGCUUGCGUGCUGGGGCGACGCCUUUGCAGUGGCCUUUGGAAAUGACCUUCAAAGCUCCAACGAAGGCCGGCGCUGGCUCACCAAUACGAUUGACGCACAAACUUCGAUUCUAGACGAAGUUGCCUACUGGCGCCGCUGGAACGUGACGCACUUUACGCCUGCGUGGCAGAAUUUCAAGCUCAUUGGGCUUCAGAACGCGUACACGAUUCAGAAUGCCUACGGGCACCAAUACGCGUUCACGCUCCAAGCCCAGAAUGGCACCUACCGCCUCCGACAGCAGACCACGUUCAAGAUGAACUGGCCGCUCACCAAGGACUUGAGCGCCGUCACCACCAACAGCAGUGGCAUACAUGGUUGCAGCUUGCUUGCGACGAGUGCUAAUUACGCGUUUGCCAAUACCACGCGCCAAAUGCUGCUUGUGCUAGCUGGGGAGCUUGUUGCACCACUUUCGGCGGGAUCGCAGCUCGUCGCCAGCACGCUCGGGCCCUACGGCACCAUUGACACAAUCUACGUACCCGUGCCGCCGCGCAUCUCGGACGCGUACCGCCUCCUCUUAACGGGUCUCCGCAUUGCGCUCAAUGCCAAUCACUCGGCACAGGCCGACUUUUUCGCCAUUUCAAUUGUCGACGCAUUGUACCCCGUGCCCUCGCCGUGGCUGAAGGCUCCGAUCGCGGCAUUUGGAGGCUCGCCGCUGUGUCCCGCACUGCCCAGCACAAGUGGUGACACGGCGAUCACUUCUGGCAUGAAGAACGUGGUUGCGUUCUCGGCCUCUUGCUCGAUGACGACAGGCUUGGACGCCAAAAUCGCACCGACGACUGACCACCUCGUUGUUGCGGCCUUGCUUGCCAACACCAUUGGCAACGCGUCGGCGUAUGCAACGAUAUGCGCGCACGACCCGACCAAUCUCGCUGCGUGUCCAGGGUAUCUGCACCAAAUCUCGGACUUUGUGACAUGGCAUCUCCCGACUGCGAUCCGCGACGCCGACGAACUCGGCGAUGGGUUUCGACACGACCUUGACUCGCUUAACGUCUCGUUCAUGCAAUAUGCGCGGUAUCCCGGUGCGCCGGCGCUGCAGCUGGCGACGCAGCCGCUCUUUCAGCCGUCGCGAUCGUUUGACUUUUUCGCGUGGUGUUUUGUGUACGACUGGGUCAUCGGGCACCGAGAGGUCGUAGCGUUUGUCGGGGACAUUGGCAACUUGACGCUUCUCACAGAUUACGAAGCACCGCUGACCCACGACGCACCGAUCGAGCUCGCGCAGUACUCGCGCCUCGUCUCGACGUACGUAACGAUCGUCAUGAUCAGCAUCGCCUGCCUCGUGCAGCUCUACAUUUACGUCGCGCGCGGCUACGUCGAGGCGCUGAACCUUCUCGAGCUCAACCGCGUCGGCGGCAUGGUGUGGGUCGGUCGGCCGCUGCUCGCGAUUCGAAGCCUCUCGGCCGUGGCCUUGCUAGCAACGGGCACAAUCGAGCUAUCGUACUCGGGGCACGUCAGCCGCUUCGUCGAGGCGCCCAACGCGUGGUACAAGACGUGGCUCGUUGCGACCGAAGUCACGUGGCUUGUUGCGAUCGUCAACGACGUUGCCAUGGUCUUUACGCGCGCGCACACAACGUACUACGCAACACCAAACAGCUUCCUCGUGUGGUUCAUCACCGCGUCGCUCAGCUACUUUUCGCCCGUCGGGCACACAGUCACCAUCGACCGAACGUGCAGCCUCGCCGACCUCGACUUGCAGGUCGUCUGCAAUAGCGGCAACAUCGUCAUCGGCCACGUGGACCGCCUCGUUCUGAUUGUCAGUAUCGUGGUGGGCUGCAACGUGGUUUGCUUCCUCACCGCCUGGAAAUGGUUGCGCAACGCAUCGCCUUCGUCGAGCAGCGACUCGCGCAUGCUAUGUGCGGGCGCCAAGUACCUCUUCUUUGAUGCGCACUGGACGGUUGGCAACAUUUACUACCUCGACCGCGCCUCCGCCGUCCUCAACGGCAUUUUGACAUAUCGGCACAAAAAUCGCUUCUUCGCACUCGACAUCAAGCGCUGGUGCAUCUACGCAGUGGAGCUACCGACGACGUGGCGCGUCCCCGAAGAUCAUCCGCUGUACGCGGCAUCGCGCCACGCGUUCCCGUUGACCGAUUAA